AUGUCCUCUCCCUCUGAGGAGCCAGGGUUCCUGCCCUGUGGGGCUUGUAACAUGGUUUUCCGAUCCUGGGCCCUGUUGGCCACCCACACCCAACGCUUCUGCAUUGGCCGCUCCAGCCAGGAGGUGACACUUGGAGCACAGCCCUCAACAGCCACUGAACCAGGGUGCCCCGCGGUGCAGCGUCUGCGGCUGUCCCUGCAGGAAAUGCAACCCCGGGUAACAGAGUUCCCAAGGGGGUCAGAGGGGCCCUGGAGGCGCUCGGGUUCUGAGGCGCCGGCUCAAGGCCCCAACUCCGAUGCCUUGGGAAGCCCAGACGAGCGGCUGCGGGCGCUGCACCGGAAUCGCGCAAGGCGCGUGGCAGAGACCGAGGCCCAGGGCCGGGCCCUGGAGCGACGCGGCGAGGAACUGAGCCGGCGUCUCCAGGGUGUGGCCAGGAUCCGGGGCGGAAUAUCCCGUCUAUUUGGCCUGGAGCGGGAGAUUCGAGAACUUCGGACUGAGGCCGGACGAACGCGGGGAGUUCUAGAGGCGUUAGAAGGGCGCGUUCAACAGCUACACCCCGACACAGGGCCCCGGAUGAAAGCCUUGCAAGAGGCUGAACUAGGUUGUCCGCUGCUACAGGCCAACCCAGGGACUCUGGCUGCUGAGAUAGGGGCCCUGCGUGAGGCCUACGUACGGGGCGGGGGCCGGGACCCUGGCGUUCUGGGCCAGAUGUGGCAGCUACAAGUGGAGGCAUCGGCACUGGAGUUGUGGCGGUCGCAGGCCCGCAGGGGUAAACAGGAAGGAAGGGCAGGUGCCGCCUCCGGGGAGCUUCUGGUAGUAGAGGCCGAGAACCGGCGCCUGGAGGCAGAAAUCGUGUCCCUGCAGAUGCAGAGGGGCGCGGGCCGGACGCCCUGGGGUCCCAGGGAUCUGCCACUCCUGACCAGCCCCAGACCACGCCUGAGGGGUAGGGGAGACGCCCCACUCCUCCCACCGCCAGUGGCUCCCCCGCUGCCGCCACUUUCUUAAGUGUCCUCUGUUCCCUGACAGCCGCUGCUUUCUGGAAACAUGAUUAGGAACCUGGGGCUGGACCCACACCUUCUACCUCCAUCUGAUGUGCUGGGCCCUGCACCCUACGACCCCGGGGCCGGUCUGGUCAUUUUCUAUGACUUCCUGCGAGGCCUUGAGGCCUCUUGGAUUUGGGUGCAGCUAAUGACUGGCUUGGCCCGAGACGGACAGGAUACAGGAGGGACCAUGGUGUUGCCACCCGCCAUUUGUUUGCCCCCACCUCCAGCUCCUGGGCCCACGGGCAACUGUGCCAUCCUUGCCAGCAGGCAGCCUGUGCCCAGACUGCCACCCUCACCAUCAGUAUCCUUGAUCUGUAAGCUGCAGGCCUGGCAGGGGCUAACAUGGGCUAGGACACCUCAGCCAAAGGCCUGGGCCUCACUGGUACUAUUCAACCGGGAUCAGCGAGUGUUAAGUGGCCGUUGGCGGCUCCCACUUCGGUCCUUUCCUCUGGACUCCAGCCUUAGCCUUGGGCAACUGAAUGGGAUUCCCCAGGCAGGUGAGGCUGAGCUCUUUCUGCGGCUGGUGAAUGCGAGAGAUGCAGGUGUCCAGACACUGGCAGAGGUCAACCCAGCAAGUGCCCACGAGUACCAGUACCCACCUCCGGUGAGGGUCCAACUGGAGAUAGGGUUACCAAAGGUGUGGUCUGAAUAGCCAGCCUUUGGACUGACCACUAUAUGCCAGUCCCUACCAAAUGCUUUCUGUACAUUAACUCACAUUUCCAAAAACCAAACCUGUUGCUGUCAAGUUGAUUCUGACUCAUAGCAACCCUACA